GAAAUUGGCGGGAUCCGGAAAAUGUUGGGGUUAUAGCUGUAAAUUGUUUAAUGUUUUAAAACCAUAGGGCCGAGCCGCCGAGGUCGAGUAGAACUGGCAAUCAUCGUCGUCCAAGGUCCAAGUGUCCAACACGAACACUCGGCACUCACAGACACACAUACGCCAAUCUGCGGUUAGCUUUGCUCGUUGAUCGUUGAACUUGAAACAACCUCGCCGAUAUCUCUUUUGCACGGACCAUUUAAUUUUUUCAUAUUAUAUUGACGUUUUUGUAAUGGCUAAACCCCAAAAUAAGGGUAUUGGUAUGGGUGAAUUGAUCAUCGAGGGAAAAACCAAACUUGUAUACGAUCUACCCGGCACGGACAAUGUGUUGAUGGUAAGUAAAGACAGAAUAACCGCUUGGAAUGGUGCCAAGGGCGAUGAAAUGCAAGGUAAAGCGGCUAUAUCUACCGAAACAACGACAGCUAUAUUUAAAGUUUUACAAGAUUUAGGAAUAAAUACAGCAUUUGUUUCAAAAAACGGUUUAUCUGAUAAUACAUUCAUUAGCAAAAAAUGUAGUAUGAUUCCGAUUGAAUGGGUAUCUCGUCGAAUUGCUACAGGAUCUUUUCUGAAACGUAAUCCAGGAGUAAAAGAAGGUUAUAGAUUUACUCCACCUUUGGUGGAGACCUUUUUCAAGGAUGAUAAAAAUGAUGAUCCUCAAUGGUCUGAACAACAGUUGCUAUCCGUAGAGUUUAACAUUGGAAAUAUAACAAUUGGAAGCGCUGAGUAUGAGAUAAUGAGAAAAACUACUAUCUGUGUGUUUGAAGUAUUGGAAAAGUUGUGGGCAUCUAAGGAUGUUGCUUUAGUAGAUAUGAAAAUAGAAUUUGGUGUUAGUUCUGAAGGUCAAAUAUUAGUAGCUGAUGUUAUUGACAAUGAUUCAUGGAGGUUGUGGCCAAGUGGAGACAAACGAUUAAUGGUUGACAAACAAGUGUACAGAAAUUUGAGCACUGUCACAGCUGCUGAUAUGGAAACAAUUAAAACAAAUUUUAAAUGGGUUGCUCAACAAGUUCAAAGUUUUUCUCAAAAACAACCAAAUGGUUUGGUUGUAGUUGUCAUGGGUUCAUCUAGUGAUGAAAGUUUUGGUAAAAAGAUUGCAGAAUAUACAAAAAAUGUAAUGGGUAUCAAUACUGAAAUUAGAAUUGGAUCGGCACAUAAAAGUACAGAAUUUGUAUUGAAAAUGAUUGAUAAAUAUGAAGGUUUACGUAUUCCUGUUGUCAUAGUUGCUGUAGCUGGUCGUAGUAACGGCUUGGGUCCAGUAAUCGCUGGGUAUACUAAUUUGCCAGUUAUAAACUGUCCACCUUUAAAUGCAACCAAUAUAAAUAUGGAUAUUUGGUCUUCAUUGAAUGUUCCAUCUGGUUUGGGGUGUGUAACUGUACGGGAAGAGGAAGGAGCUGCUUUGGCUGCAUCUCGUAUUAUUGGAUUGACCGAUCCCCUAGUUUGGUGUAAGCUCAAGACACAACAGUUGGAAAAAUAUAUUACCUUGAUAAAAAAUGAUCAAGAAAUUGUUUCAAAAAAUUUGUAAGCCCCAUACAUAAAUACUCAUGAACAUAUUAAUAUACUUUAUUAAUGUUUU